AUGUCGCGGGCUCGGGGCCACCUGCGCCCGGCCCUGUUCCUGGCAGCGGUCUCUGCACGCGGGGCGACAACCCGGCUCGGGGCGCGGCGCGGGUUAAGCGCGCGGCUAGCGCCACAGGAGCCCGGCAUGGAGUAUCAGGAUGCUGUGCGCACGCUCAACACCCUGCAGACCAAUGCUGGUUACCUGGAGGAGGUGAAGCGCCAGCGAGGUGACCCCCAGACACAGCUGGAAACCAUGGUUAUGUACCUGGUGAGGAGCGGGCUACAGGUGGAGGACUUGGACAAGCUGAACAUCAUCCAUGUCACUGGGACCAAGGGGAAGGGUUCCACAUGUGCCUUCACUGAGCGGAUCCUCCGCAGCUAUGGUCUGAAGACAGGCUUCUUUAGCUCUCCCCACCUGGUGCAGGUGCGUGAGCGGAUCCGCAUCAAUGGGCAGCCCAUCAGUCCUGAGCUCUUCACCAAACACUUCUGGCACCUUUACCACCGUUUGGAGGAGACAAAGGAUGACAGCUGUGUCUCCAUGCCUGCCUACUUCCGCUUCCUGACCCUCAUGGCUUUCCACGUCUUCCUCCAGGAGAAGGUGGACCUGGCAUUGUUGGAAGUGGGCAUUGGCGGGGCUUAUGACUGCACUAACAUCAUCAGAAAGCCUGUCGUGUGUGGGGUCUCUUCUCUUGGCAUUGACCACACCAGCCUUCUCGGGGACACAGUGGAGAAAAUUGCAUGGCAGAAAGGGGGAAUCUUUAAGUGUGGUGUCCCUGCCUUUACCGUGCUUCAGCCUGAUGGGCCCCUGGCGGUGCUGAGGGAGCGCGCCCAGCAGAUUGCUUGUCCUCUCUACCUGUGCCCACCACUGGAAGUCCUAGAGGAAGGGGGACCGCCACUGACCCUGGGCCUGGAGGGGGAGCACCAGCGGUCUAACGCUGCCCUCGCCCUGCAACUAGCCCGGUGCUGGUUGCAGCGUCAGAACCACCUGGGCAUUGGGGAGCUGAAGGCAUCCAGGUUGAGCCUCCGGAGGUCUCUGCCCCUGGCACCCGUGUUCCAGCCUACCUCCCAUAUGCGGCAUGGACUUCAGGACACAAAGUGGCCAGGCAGAACCCAGGUUCUACAGCGUGGGCCACUCACCUGGUACCUGGAUGGUGCACACACUGCCAGCAGCAUACAGGCCUGUGUGCGCUGGUUCAGCCAGGCGCUGAAGACUCGUGAAAAGUCAAGCAAUGGGCCUGAAGUGCGUGUCCUGCUUUUCAAUGCUACUGGUGACCGGGACUGGGCAGCCCUGCUGAAGCUACUGCAGCCCUGCCAGUUUGAUUAUGCUGUCUUCUGCCCCAACCUGACAGAAGUGUCAUCCACAGGCAAUGCAGACCAGCAGAACUUCAUGGUGACACUGGACCAAGUGCUGCUGCGCUCCUUUGAACACCAGCAGCACUGGAGCCGCCUGGCUGAGGAGCAGGCCAGCCAGGCCCUGUGGAGGCCCCCUGGUCUGGAACCUAGUGGCUCCCCAUCCCUGCUUCCGGCACCCCACCCACCCCACCCCCACAGCACCAGCUCCCUCAUAUUCAGCUGCAUCUCCCACGCCUUACAGUGGAUCAGCCAAGGCCGGGACCCCAUCUUCCAGUCCCCUAGCCCUUCACGGGGCCUCCUCACCCACCCUGUGGCAGACAGCGGAGCCAGCGUGCUGCGGGAGGCUGCUGCUGUCCACGUGCUGGUCACCGGCAGCCUGCACCUGGUGGGCGGCGUCCUGAAACUGCUUGACCCCUCGCUGUCUCAGUAG